CCGGACAAUACAUGUAAUAACACUUGGAAAUGCCUUCAGAGGGUAGAUGGUGAAGUGCGAAGUGAUGAACUGCACGCUGCAAAAAGGACAGAAUUCUUUAUUUUCCGGUGCAAAGAUUGACGGUGAGUAAUGCAAUUAACUGUUAAUUGAAAGCAGGGAUAAAUUCAUUAAGAAAUUGAACUGAAUAAAACUUUUUAAAAAACCCUGAUGAUGAGGAAAUAAAGUAGUUGACGGGGGGGAAAAGCUGUUGAGUAAGACACAUACAAUGUUCUUAGAUUUAAAAAUCGCUUAUCAAAAUAUCUCCGGUUGGCUUGUAUGUCUUGCACGCCAAAGUUUCUACAUAGGAAAGUUGUUACCGAAGUUUCUUAUGUUAGCUGACAAAAGUGGUGGGGGUAAUAGUACAAAGGGUUUCCUGGUAUUUAGAGAAAUUGAAGUUUCAGUGGUAAUCAAAUUGAGAUGCACUUGUAAAGAAUAAGUCAAAUAAGUUCAGACUGGUGCAGCAGUUUACUGGUUCUCAUUUUCAUUCUUGAGGUUGAUGUAUCUAGCAGCAAUUAAAUGAUAGGUGUACUCUUGAAUUCACAGUAAUAUUUUAUAAAACCAAAAUGUAUCCAGAUACGACUCAUAACAGUUUUUCGGUGAACUUUUUUUUUUUACUUUGACGGGUUAAAAAUUAAGCCAUCUACUGAAUUUGUACUUGAUCAUUAUCGCUAACGUAAAAGAAGCAGCAACAGACUUUUAUUUUGAAGGAAGUGAACAAGAAUUGACCGGAAAUUGACAUGCAUGCGGAAGCGCAGUAUUACAGAUCACCACUCUCCCAGUGCCAAAUGAAAGUUGGGCAGAACCAGUGAUUUUUGUUUCAUUGUUAUGUUUAAUAAUAUUUUUGUACUGUGGCAGCCGGAUAAUUCUUUCACGUACUUCUAAAACACCUGGAGAUAUUUAUAUAAUUCUUAUUAAAGCGUGUUUAAUUUUGUUUUACUUGUGUUGAGAACUGACCUCGCACACCUGAGUUACGUCCUGACAGGUGUGAUGUUGACAGCAGCGUGUUGUACCGACAGGUAAAGAGACAGAAUGUCCUGAUGGAGACCCUCCGAUCACGCCUGAAAUUUGGGAAUAAGGUGGAAGAUGUGAAACUGAGAAAACGUCAAUCUCACCUGUACUCAAGAGAAACUGAUUCACCUCUUAAUAACGGUGAGGCCCUUAAACGUGAUAAUCUAUUAACAAGAAACAUUAUAUUAAAGUCAAACUUAACAAACAUUUAUCUGCUCUGAGAGUAAGAUUAUAUGUCUUUAUUAAACUUAUUUCUCUUCAUCUUACAGGUGUGCUGAGAGUCAGAGUUGUUGGUUUCUGUUUGCUGUUCAGACUCAUCAACUGCUUCCUGGUUCAGACAAGUUUUGUCCCUGAUGAGUACUGGCAGUCUGUGGAGGUGUCACAUCGUAUGGUCUUCAAAUAUCCUUUUGAUCCAUGAUUCCUCAGGACUUAAGUGGAUACCAUUUGCAAAUACUAUUUUUGUAAAUAUAUGUUUGUUUGUUUUUUAAAUUGGAGUUCAGUUUUGUAUUUGAUAUUGAGAUCAUUUUGAUCUUUUUCUCAUGUUAUCAAGUGUUGACUUAACAGAGUGACUUAUGGGUUUCUGACCUGGGAAUGGAAAGAAGGCAUAAGAGGAUUUUCUUAUCCUCUCCUCUUUGCAGCUAUAUUCAAGAUAUUAAACCUCAUCAACUAUGACUCUGUUCUUCUCCUAGUAAGAGCACUUUUUUCAAUUUAACACAUUCUCACAUCAGCAUAGUAUUACAUAAUAAAUUAUUUAGUCAUUCUAAUAACCCUUGUCUGUUUGAUUUUGUAGAUAUGGCUGCCAAGAAUAUUUCAAGCGCUGCUGGCUGCGUUUGCCGAUGUAAAAUUCUUCUUCCUCGUUCAAACGUUGCAGAGCCCAGAUGUCGCAAAAUGGACGGUAAAAUAAGUGUGAUUGACUGCUUCUGCAAAUUACACUUUUUUCAGCUCUGUAUUUGCAAAAUGAUAACCGUUAUACAAAAAAUGACAUGUAAGGACCCUUAUGAAGUUCUCUUUGUGUAACAGCUCUGACUUAACUUAUUCUCCUUUCCCAUAGUUUUUCUGCCAUCUGUGCUCGUGGUUCUCAUGGUUCUGCUGCACCAGGACACUGACCAACAGUAUGGAGACCACCCUCACCUGCCUGGCUCUGUUUUAUUUCCCUCUACCUGGAUCAAAAACACACAGCAGGUCUCACCUCGUUGUAUCUUUUGGCUUACUCCCUUUUUUAAUUAAUUUCUAAUAUUUAGAAAAAUGCAGAUGAUUUUCACAGAUGUUUGUUGAUGUUUUUUCAGCAAAAAGUAUUUGAGCAUAGUCGCCUUGGCUGUCAUUUUCCGGCCAACCGCUCUGAUUGUUUGGUUUCCUCUGCUGAUGUACCAUUUCUGCCGGGAGGAGAACAAGCUGAGGCUCAUCACUCAUAACUACAUUCCGAUAGGGUUUGUCAUUUUGAUUUGAGUUGACUGUUUUCUGUUUUCAUCCUCAUGUCUUUGCUGAUACCCCUCCUCUCAUUUGUAGAGCUGUGGCUGUUGUGAUUUCAACAGUGAUCGACAGUAUUUUUUAUGAAGAGGUAACAUUUUACACCAGUGUGGUUUCUAUAUUCCUCCAGCUGUUGUUCAUAAAGUCAGGUGUUCAGAGAGCUGCUUUCUGUCUGUUCUUCAGCUGACCUUGGUGCAGUUCAAUUUCCUGAAGUUCAACGUUUUCAGAGGUGUGGCUGAUUUUUACGGCUCUCACCCCUGGCACUGGUACCUCACUCAGGGGUUCCCUGUAGUGAUCGGCCCUCAUCUUCCUCUUUUUCUACAUGGGUGUGGCCUCGCCUUCAAAAAGUACAAGAUUCUCCUGGCUUCAGUUGUGUGGACCAUCAUGGUUUACAGGUAAAACUUCUUUGUUUUAGGCUAACAAGUCAGCUAAAAAUCACUUCAUCAAAACAUUUUUAGAGCUACACUUUUUGAUAACUUUAAAAAAGUGCUGUGACGUGUUUAACCUUUUUCACUGUUGUUGCUUCAUCUCUGCUAUAUAAACUUAAUAGAAUGGCACUUAGAGGAGUUUUAUAAAUAUUGCUUUUAGUCAGUCAUGAUAUUUUUAAGCUCUUAAGACAAAGUAAAACUCUUUGAUCUCUCUCCUCUAGUUUGCUUCCUCACAAAGAGUUCAGAUUCAUCUACCCGGUGCUCCCAUUCUGCAUGCUCUUCUGUGGUGAGUUUUUAUAUCUGAUAUCAACAAUUUUAUCUGUGAUAAAGACCUUCCUCAUGCAUGUUUAAAUAUUGAAAUACUUUGGUUCUGCAGGGGUCUCCCUGUCUUACCUGAAAGCAUGGAGACCAGCUGCUGUGUUUGUCUUAUUGGUGAGUAACCUGUCCGCCGCUCUCUACACCGGCCUGGUCCAUCAGCGAGGAACUCUUGAUGUCAUGAGUCACAUUCAGGUGCUCUGUGACGCUGGCAGCUCCCCCAGUCCUCCAGAUGUCCUCUUCCUCAUGCCCUGCCACUCAACGCCUUUUUACAGGUACGGUUCACACCUGAGGAAGACAGAAGACAAAAAGAGCUGUGUAUUUUGUCAACCAAAUCUGGAUACAUUUUAGGUCUUCAGAAUGAUAAAUUAAUGAAUGGUAGCUUUGGUUCCCUAAUUUUUGUGCCAGUUCUCUGAUAUUAAAGGUUCAGGUUUGAGGAAAGAAUUAGUUAAACUAUUGUGAUAGUAAUUGUUAGCACUAUCAUCUUUUAUUAUAAAGAAUAAAGAUUUAUCAUGAAAUAAUGUGACCAAACAUGAGUAAGAAAGCAUCUUAAUCCAUUUGUUCGUCUGAACGAAUCACCUGGUAGAAUCACCUCAGGUCCAUUCGGUGGCUGUUUUGAAAGCUCUUGAUCACUUCAUAUGUAACAUGGCACUGGUGAUAACGUUCGCUCCAGGGUAGAUGUUGAAAGGACCAAGAGGCUACAAUGUUUUUCAGAUGUACAUUUUUGAACUAUGUAACUUUCUGCCUUGUGUUGUGCUGGUUCUCUGGUUCUCUGUAGCCAUGUCCACUGCCCCAUAAACAUGAGGUUCCUCGAGUGUCCUCCAGAUCUAGGAGAAGAGGGUUAUAUCGAUGAAGCUGACAGUUUCUAUGACGACCCUCUUCACUGGCUCAGAACGUCAUUUCCAUAUAAAUCUUCUCUACCAACACACCUGGUUUUGUUUAAUGUUUUAGAGGCGGUAAGUCUUGCACUGAUCAUAUUCCAUCAUAAAUGAAACUCAGUAGCUUUAUAAUCUAAUUUUCUGUUAUUGCAGGAGAUCGCUGUGUUUUUGAACGGGAACAACUACACAAGAACAGCAGAGAUAUUUCACACCCAUUUUUCUGAGGGAAGAGUUGGAGGAAGCGUCUUUAUUUAUGAAAGGCACUGAAAACCAUUGGAACAAAAUCU